AUCAGCCCUAAAAGCACCGGCUCUUGGGUUUGGAGACCCGGUUUCCUGGUACGCGCCGCGAUACUGGACCGGGGACCCGGUGUGAAUCCUGAUAUGUAAACCAAAGCGAGGGGGCCGACAAUGCCUCGCGGAUUUCUCUUUGUGCUCUCGACAUCACCUCCAAUUUCCCUUCUUCGUCGAAGAGGGCUAGGAUAGACACGGUACAACGAUGCCACGGCGGCCCCCCCCCCUCACGACAACAGUAGCAGCAACAGCAACAUCAACUCUCACCCUCCUCCUAGCCCUCCUCCCUCUCCCCCUCCACGCCGCCAUCGAAGAAUUCCACUAUGCGAGUAACGCCACGGGCUUCAAGUGCCCGGACAUGCCCUUCGAGUGCGAGCCACCCAAGGUGUGCUCGAGGGACACGCUGCUGAACAAGUACUACUGCUGCGAUCCGGGGAAGGGGGGCGUGUGCUGGACGGGCAGCGAGACGUGCAGUGGGCAGGGAGGAAAGGCGCCGGGGGGAAGCCAAACGGGAUGUGAGAUGAACGAUGGAAACGUGUUUUGCUGUUUGGCAAAGAGAGAAGAAUGCACACAAGUCAGGGGCCAGAUAAACAUCUGCUGGGCCCCCGAAAACCCAAUUUCCAACUUCUCCGCCGCCGUCAUGAACGACACGUUUUCCUCUCUAUCGGCCGCUGCUCCGUCCGCCACGACCUGGGAGUUUAACUUGCAGAGCCUGCUCGCACCGAGUAGCACAUCGGUAGCGUCAUCGGCAGCAUCUCCAACGGCAGCGACAGCUACAGCUACACUUUCAACAGCGUCUACAUCAGGAAAUGCCCAAGGAACAGCGACCCCGUCACCACCUACCUCCGCACAAUCAAACCCAGCACCCGAACCCACCACUCCUUCUUCUCCUUCUUCGAGCUCCUCCCUCUCCGCCGGUGCCAUCGCCGGCAUCGCCAUCGGCGCCGUCGCAGCUGUUUCCAUCCUUAUUGCCGGCAUAUUCCUGCUCUGGCGGCGGGAGCGAAGCGGGAAUGGGAAAGCAGUCGAGUUGGAUGCGCAGAAUCCGUACACGGACAACGGAGGAGGAGGAGGAGCAGAACGGACGGAGAAGUAUGCGUAUUAUCAGGGGCAGGAAAUGGAGGUUACGAGUCCGAGGGUGGAAUUGGAUGGGGGGAGUUCGGAGAGGGCGGAGCUGGAGGGGGAUGGGGGGAAGAAGUAG